AUGGGCUCGAGCGCGAAGGUCGCGGCCGUGGCGCCGUUCGAGCUGUGCUACGACUCGUCCAAGCUGUCGCCGACGCUGUCGGGCUACUCCGUGCCCCAGGUGGACGUGAUGCUGGAGGGCGGGACGAACUGGACGGUGGUGGGCGGCAACUCCAUGGCGCAGAUGGAGAACAAGCUGGUGGUGCUCGACAACGACAAGAAGACGCUCAGCUUCACCCCGUACCUCCCAGCCAGGGGGUUCUCCUGCAGCAACUUCAACUUCACCGGGGCGGGGUAG